UUUGUCUAUUUUCCUUUCCUUCUUUUAAGCUCUGUUUCUCUCUCAUAGUCUCAUGGCCUUUUUUCUUCACCUGGUUCUUCUUCCUACAGGUUGGAUUGGAUACCGUGAUUGGAAUUGAAAUUGAAAUUGAUUCUGACUUUGUGAUGGCGUGAUUUCCCACUAUUUGCAUAAUUCAGCAUUUCCGACAAAUAGAUUAAAAAAAAAAAUCCCCUUUUUGGGGUUAUAAUUAUCUCUUUAAAGAAAAAGAUAGGUUUUGUGGGUAAUUCUUGCAAUAGUCUCGAAAGAUUGAAAAGCCAUAGUUGUUUUUAACAAGAAUUUGAGAUAAGAUUGGCAGCAUGGGUUAUCUGAAUUCAGUGUUGUCACAAUCUUCAAGCAAAGUCCAUGUGGAUGAUGCUCCGGUUACCGGUGGCGGCCUAAGUCAGAAUGGGAAGUUCAGCUAUGGGUACGCUAGUUCUCCAGGCAAAAGGUCUUCAAUGGAGGAUUUUUACGACACAAGGAUUGAUGGCGUAGAUGGGGAGAUCGUUGGUCUAUUUGGAGUCUUUGAUGGUCACGGAGGAGCUCGAGCCGCGGAAUAUGUGAAACAAAACCUUUUCAAUAACCUAAUCAAGCACCCGAAGUUUAUUUCUGACACCAAAUCAGCUAUAGCUGAUGCAUAUAGCCACACUGACUCGGAAUUCUUGAAAUCGGAGAACAAUCAGAAUCGAGAUGCUGGGUCAACUGCUUCAACUGCCAUCCUCGUUGGCAACCGUUUAUUGGUGGCAAAUGUUGGGGACUCGAGAGCUGUUAUAUGCAGGGGUGGCAAUGCUAUUGCUGUCUCGCGAGAUCACAAACCAGAUCAAACAGACGAGAGGCAAAGAAUUGAAAAUGCUGGAGGUUUUGUGAUGUGGGCAGGGACUUGGAGAGUUGGAGGCGUACUUGCAGUUUCUCGUGCAUUUGGUGAUAGACUUUUGAAGCAGUAUGUGGUAGCUGAUCCCGAGAUUCAGGAGGAAAAAGUUGACGACACACUCGAGUUUCUUAUCCUUGCAAGUGACGGACUUUGGGAUGUGGUUACGAAUGAGGAAGCCGUGUCCAUGACUAGGCCGAUUUCGGAUCCGGAGGAGGCUGCGAAGAGGCUGAUGCAAGAAGCACAUCAAAGGGGCAGUGGUGAUAAUAUUACGGUUGUUAUUGUUCGGUUUUUGGGCGACCGAGAAAAUGUGGGUCCCUCUUCUAAUACUACUGCUAAUAGCUCCGGGUAAAAGGGCGUGAGUGUCUGUUUUCUCUCUAUUCUCGGCCUAAAAAGUUCGAUACGAAAAUGGAGCAAAAUAUAGUAGGAAGGUUUGAAGGUGGCAGUUUAUUCGAUUAAAAUGUUGUAAAUACUGAUGUCUGUGUUGGUUGCUAAGAUGUGUUGAGUUGAACAGUUGAACUUUAUGUUUGUUUAGUAGUGUUGACUAUAACCUAGUAAAAAGUGUGCAACUAUAGAUUUCUAUGUGACAUGCAAUGUGAGAUUGUUUAUUGUUUGUGUCUGAUGGAUUCUUGACUAAUUUUUUUUUAGAUAUAUGUAUAUGUUCUAUGGUGAAGCAGAGGAUUUUUG